AUGAUGUUUAGCAGAUCGAAUUCUAGUAAAUGGUUAGUUCCAUUGACUGUUAUUUUCUACACCUUAUUUUUGGUUAUACUGCCACUACAUGGUUCCUCCUCAUCCAGAUCUCCACAAAUAUUUGCCAGAGGUGCCGAUGAAGUGGAAAACUAUGGUACCGUCAUUGGUAUCGAUUUGGGUACCACAUAUUCCUGUGUUGCCGUGAUGAAAAAUGGGAAGACUGAAAUCUUGGCUAAUGAACAAGGUAAUAGAAUUACUCCUUCAUACGUGGCUUUCACUGAUGAAGAAAGAUUGAUCGGUGAUGCUGCAAAGAACCAAAUUGCUGCUAACCCAAAGAACACCGUUUUUGAUAUUAAGAGAUUGAUUGGUUUGAAAUAUAAUGAUAAAUCAGUCCAAAAGGAUUUGAAACAUUUACCAUUUAAUGUCGUUAACAAGGAGGGUAAACCUGCCGUCGAAGUUACAGUGAAAGGUGAACAAAAAGUCUUCACUCCAGAAGAAAUUUCUGGUAUGAUUCUAGGUAAGAUGAAACAAAUUGCUGAGGAUUAUUUGGGUAACAAGGUCACUCAUGCAGUUGUCACCGUCCCUGCCUACUUCAAUGAUGCUCAAAGACAAGCCACCAAGGAUGCCGGUACUAUUGCUGGUUUGAACGUUUUAAGAAUCGUUAAUGAACCAACUGCCGCUGCUAUUGCAUACGGUCUUGAUAAGAAUGAAAAGGAACACCAAAUUAUUGUUUACGAUUUAGGUGGUGGUACCUUUGAUGUCUCUCUAUUAUCUAUUGAAAAUGGUGUUUUUGAAGUUCAAGCUACAUCUGGUGAUACUCAUUUAGGUGGUGAAGAUUUCGAUUAUAAGAUUGUUCGUCAAUUGAUUAAGACCUUCAAGAAGAAGCACGGUAUUGAUGUUUCCGAUAACCACAAAGCUUUAGCUAAAUUAAAGAGAGAAGCUGAAAAAGCUAAACGUUCCCUAUCAAGUCAAAUGUCUACACGUAUUGAAAUUGAUUCUUUUGUGGAUGGUAUUGAUUUAAGUGAAACUUUAACAAGAGCUAAGUUUGAAGAAUUAAACUUGGAUUUGUUUAAGAAAACUUUGAAACCUGUGGAAAAAGUCUUAGAAGACUCUGGUUUAAGUAAGAAAGACAUUGAUGAUAUUGUCUUAGUUGGUGGUUCCACUAGAAUUCCAAAGGUUCAACAAUUGUUGGAAUCAUACUUUGAUGGUAAGAAGGCCUCCAAGGGUAUCAACCCAGAUGAAGCUGUUGCAUAUGGUGCUGCCGUUCAAGCUGGUGUCCUAUCUGGUGAAGAAGGUGUUGAAGACAUUGUCCUAUUGGAUGUUAAUGCCUUAACCUUAGGUAUUGAAACUAGUGGUGGUGUUAUGACCCCAUUGAUUAAGAGAAACACUGCCAUUCCAACAAAGAAGUCUCAAAUUUUCUCAACAGCUGUUGACAAUCAAUCAACCGUUAUGAUUCAAGUCUUUGAAGGUGAAAGAGCUAUGUCCAAGGAUAACAAUUUGUUAGGUAAAUUCGAAUUGAAUGGUAUUCCACCAGCACCAAGAGGUGUCCCACAAAUUGAGGUUACAUUUGCAUUAGAUGCUAAUGGUAUAUUGAAGGUCUCUGCCACCGAUAAGGGUACUGGUAAAUCUGAAUCUAUUACUAUUACUAACGAUAAGGGUAGAUUAUCUCAAGAUGAUAUUGAAAGAAUGGUGGAAGAAGCUGAAAAAUUCGCUUCUGAAGAUGCUGCUCUAAAAACUAAGAUUGAAUCUAGAAAUAAGUUAGAAAACUAUGCUCAUUCUUUGAAGAACCAAGUAAGUGGUGAUUUAGGUGACAAAUUAGAAGAAGAAGAUAAGGAAACUUUAUUGGAUGCUGCUAAUGAUGUCGCUGAAUGGUUAGAAGAUAACUUUGAUUCUGCCACCGCCGAAGAUUUCGAUGAAAAAUUUGAAGCAUUAUCCAAGAUUGCUUACCCAAUUACUUCCAAACUGUACGAUAAUGGUGAAGGUGCCGCUGGUGGCGCUUUCGAAGAUGAUGAAGAUGAUGAUGGAGACUACUUUGAACAUGAUGAAUUGUAG